AUGGCUUCCCAGGAACAGCCCUCCCAGCACAUCCAGGGCGAUGCACGGAACAGGACGGAGUGCUUAGGAGGCACUCUUAAGAACUGGGAACUUGAAACAGCUAAUAUCUAUCUGAUAUCUGUAGACCGCUCGACGUACUUUUUCGUCAUCGCUCUGGCCGCGUCCCAACUGCCAAUCGCCCCUCGUGGAGACGCUAUGAGCUCAGAUGACCUGGACCAGGUCCAAACGUGGGGGAGAAAGCUCAACGAUUGGGAACUGCCGUGGAGAAAGCUACCGGGAAUGACCUCAGAUAGUUGCAGCUCCCUUUACCAACUCUGUACUAGCCGGAAGAAUGAGUCCCACGGCUAG